AAAGUUAGAUAUUAUCGCUAAAGCGGACUCACGAGGGAGAGGGGAGCCUACUAAAUAGUUCCCGCCGCCAUGGCCGUUACGGCGUCUGGAUUCAUCGGCAAAUCAGCAAUCUCCGUUCGUCUAGAUUUCUAUUGUAAACCUGCUAAAUUCGCAUACUCGAAACGUCCCUUCUCUGCCUCGAAGCCUCUGGUGGUGGUUCGUUCCGUCGCCUUAUCGCCGCCGGCGAGGACAGUUGAGUCGCCGCCGGUUGGUUACCGGAAAAACGUUGGCAUUUGUCUCGUUAGUCCAUGUAGAAAGAUUUUUACUGCAUCGAAGAUUCAUGUUCCGGAUACGUGGCAGAUGCCUCAGGGUGGUGCCGAUGAGGGAGAAGAUCUUAGAAACGCUGCUUUUAGAGAGCUGAGAGAAGAAACCGGAGUUACCUCUGCUGAAUUCAUUGCCGAGAUACCAAACUGGUUGACUUAUGAUUUCCCCCGGGAUGUGAAGGAUAAACUGAAUCGGAAAUGGCGAACAAGUUACAAAGGCCAAGCUCAGAAAUGGUUUCUUUUCAAGUUCACGGGCAAGGAGGAAGAGAUAAAUCUCCUUGGAGAUGGUACUGCAAAACCAGAGUUUAAGGUGUGGUCGUGGAUGCUACCCGAACAAGUCAUUGAGCAUGCUGUAUAUUUCAAGAGACCUGUCUACGAGCAUGUCAUAAAUCAAUUCAAUCCAUACUUUGUGGAUGAAGAAGAGAAGGAUUCCAUGAACUCGUGCAAGGAUUAAAUGUAACAGGAGAUUGGUCAGAAAAAAAAAAGUGAAUACUGAUUAGGAAGAAAUCAAUCAAUCAUUAUACCCCCAUCAUAGAUGAAAAUUGCUUUAAUAUCUCUUACGUUUAGACACUACAAAAAAAAUUGUACUUAUGAAAUGCAAACUACUGUUCUUAGAGUUCA